GGAAUGUGGUUGAUGCUGCAACAAGAACAUCCGGACGACUUUGUUCUUGCCACAGGUGAAACUCAUACUGUACGUGAAUUCGUAGAAAAAUCAUUCGCAGUGAUUGACAAGACUAUUGUUUGGGAAGGUAAUGGGGAAGAGCUUGUUGGUCGCGAAAAAGAUACAAACAUUAUUCGUGUGCGAGUUGAUCCGAAAUAUUUCCGUCCUACCGAGGUAGACUUGUUACUUGGAAAUCCCGAAAAAGCAAAUAAACAACUUUGUUGGAAACGAAAAGUGGAUUUUGAUUCUUUAGUAAAAGAAAUGGUUUUAGCUGAUAUCGAAGGAGCUCGAUCCAAUUCGAAGAAUUAA